AUGGUAAAGAAAGCACUUACCUCUCCAUUUACAAUGAUUGCGCUACAGCCCGAAAAGCCUCUACUACUGUACUUGACCUCUACUCCUCAGUCUAUUGGAGCUCUACUUGUCCAAGACAUAGAUGGCAUUAAGAAGUCAGUCUAUUACAUCAGUCACAAAGUCAAUGGUGCCGAGUCGCGAUAUACCCUAAUUGAGAGGCAUUGUUUAGCCUUAAUCUUCAUAGCGCAGAAGUUGCGCCACUAUUUUUUGGCACAUCCGAUCCAGGUUGUGACCCGGAGUGAUCCAAUCCACUACUUGCUGAGAAAGCCCGCUCUGACUGGAAGAAUGACAAGAUGGCUCUUGGCUCUAGCAGAAUAUGACAUCACUUGUGUUACCCCGAAGGCAAUUAAGAACCAAGCACUUGCAGACUUACUUGCCCAAUUCCCAUCUGGUGAACAUGAACCUGCAGAGGUACCCCUACCAGGUAAGGUCCAUGUCUCAGCAGCUGCAGUUGAGACUUAUUGGGACUUAAAAUUUGAUGGAGCUUCCGGAGUUGGGAAAGGUGGAGCUGGCAUAACACUAACCAAUCAAGCAAGAGAAAAUUUUCAUCUAUCAUAUAAGCUUGACUUCGAAUGUUCAAACAACGAAGCUGAAUAUGAGGCGUUGAUACUAGGUCUAAUUGCUGCCCAAAAGAAGGGCCUUCGCAAGUUGAAAAUUUGGGGCGACUCCAAACUAGUUGUCAAGCAAAUAAUGGGUGAUUUCGCCUUGAAAGAGCCUCUGUUGGCCCCAUAUCACACUGUGGUUCAGAGGUUGCUCACUCAAUUUGAUGAUGUCCAAAUCCAGCAUACCCCUUGA